CUGUUUGACACCAAAACUUUGAAACAUCUUUGCUACAUUGAUGGGUUGAUUGAUGAUCAUAUAUUUGAAUCGAACUACACUGAUCCAUCGAUAAAAUUAUUCAAACAUUCUUUGAAUCUUCCAUUGUAUACAACUUGUCCAAAUAUGACCACAUUGAAUUCUUGUGAAAGUUUGAAUGAACACGAGUAAGAAAAUAACACGUUUUACUUCUCCGAACAUUGUUUUUUCAGCAUAAAUGAGUUUCGAAAUUUAAUUGAUAAAUGUCAAAUUGACCCGAGUUUAGUUGCAUGCCAAGCUUAUUCGAUUAACCAAGUCAUCAAUUGGAUUCUUCCUAUUGAUAGAAAUGAAACAAUUAUUUCAAUAGUGCUCAAAGUUUCAAUGUAUAAAGGAGAACAUUUGGAAUUUUAUCAACGUUUGAUUGGAAAAAUCAAUGUGUUCUUACGUGAAAUCGAAGGUGUUGAAUUGGUUGGUGUAAACUUCAAUAUGAAGAAUGAAGAAUUCGGCAAAAUAAUAUGUCAAGAUACAUUUAUUGGAUUGUUAAGUGCUAUCCUGGUAGUUUCAUGUUUCUUGUUAUAUUCGAGAAGUCUGAUUUUCACAUUGGUAAUAAUUUCAACUGUUAGUUUAUCAGCUGGUAUUGCAUUUUUCAUUUAUACAGUAAGUGGUAGAAUUAAUAAAUCAUUUCAUGUUUCUUUUUUCAGACAGUUUUUAAUAUUGAAUUUUUUCCAUUCAUCAAUCUUCUGGUAAUUGUUAUUUUGGUAUCAAUUGGAGCUGAUGACGCAUUUCUUCUUCUUGCUUAUUAUAGAAGAGAAAUUGAGAAAACUUCAAAAAUUGAAUAUAGAAUUGGUGAUAUUUAUAUGCCAAUAUAUUAUGAACAUGAUCUUUUAUCCCAAAGUCUGCGGAUUUCUCUUCAUCAUUCACUUGUAUCAAUGUUUAUCACAUCAUUCACAACAGCUAUAACAUUUCUCACAAAUCUAUCAAGUCAUGUUAUUGUUUUGAAAUGUUUUGGAAUCUACGCAUUUCUUACAAUUAUAACAAACUAUAUUUUAGUUUCAUUGAUUUUACCAAGUACAAUAAUUUUACUCAAAAGGCCAAGGGCUCCAACAAAUAUCAAACCUCAAGUGCUCGCUUUUACAAAAUUCACGGAUAAAUUCAAAUAUCCAAUUUUUGCAAUAUCAGUUUUGUUAUCCACAGCUUGUGCUAUUUUUAUUUUCAAAAAUCUGGAAGUUCCAAAAACAAAUCCAACAAAAGUUUUGAUCUCUUCAAAUAUUCAUGAAUUCUUUGAUGACAAUAUUCAUAAAUUCAAUUUUCAAUGGAAAAGAUCAGCAAGAAUUAUGAAGAAUUUUUGGUUUGGUGUAUCACAUGAUUCUGAAUUUGUGUUGUUUCCGAGUUUUCAAAAACGUCGCUGGAAAAUUCGAAAUAAUUUCAAUAUUACUGUAGAUGAUUUGAUGUAUUACAAAAAUAUUGCCAUCUUGGAAUCAUCCAGAUAUCAUUUUCUGAAUUUCACAUAUAUUCCUUGGUCCGACAAAGUAUUACGAUUGAAUGAAACAUGCCUUGACGAUCAUUUUAUAACUUCUGAAUGUAUUUUACAAACAUCAGUCAAAUAUUCAAAUUAUCUGAAUCAAUUUCCGAAUGAUUUUUCUGUAACUCCAGGAGAUGGUCCAUAUAUCAAUGAAGAUUUCAAAAUAUCUGGGUGAGGUUGAAAUUUUAUGAAGUUCUAUUAAUUUUUCACAGAUAUUUCAUUUCUAUUCCUACAAAUGAAAAACUCCGUGUUGAUGCUGACGCAAUUUCUCGAAUAUUUGAAGAAAUUGAAGGAACAUGUGAUUUUCUUCGUUUAAAUCAUACAAAUGUUUUAUGUACAUCUUCUCCAGAAGUUACUCGAUUUUAUGAUAUAAUUUAUCAAUUGAAAACUUCAACAUAUACUUCUGUUGGAUUUUCAAUUAUAAUUUGCUUAUUUGUUAUAAUUAUAUGUACACGACAAUUUUAUCUUUCGAUUAUAUGCUCCUUUGUAAUUCUAUCAAUCAUUCUAUGGACUGUAGCUGUUUUGAUUUUACUUGGUUUGUUUUAUCAGCUUCUAGUUUUUCUGAAAAUUCAAUUUUUGAAGGUUGGAAUCUAUCUGUUGUUGAAUCAACAAUUUUGAUAAUCAUAAUUGGCUUGAGUUUUGAUUAUACACUUCAUUAUGCGGUUGCAAUUCAAGAUUCUAAAUUGAAUUCAGAUAUUCAAACAAAAAUUAUGUUUGUUUUUUUUUUAAAUUUUCUGAUGUAUUCAAUUUUUUUAAAGAUCAGCACACACAACUGCUGGAAUUGCUUGUGUAUUUGGUGCAGUGACUCUUUGCCUCGCAGGAUUCCCACUAUUUUUCAGUGGAACUGCCUCAUUUUUUCAAAUCGGACAAAUGUUAGUUGUUCUUGGUGGAAUUUCAUUGAUUGGAUCUUCAAUUGUUUUUCCCGCUGUUUAUAUGUGUUCUUACAAAUCGAAAAAUGUAACUAAAUUAUGA